GAAAAAAGAAAAAGAAAACUUUAAAAACAAAAUGGCAAAAAUAAUUUUAUUCGUUUUUCUUGCUUUGGCUUAUUUUGCAUUUUGCUCAGCAAAUGCUAUUGAAAGUGGAAGCGAAGUCGAAGAUGUUCCUGCAGCCAACGACAGCGAUGAGGGCGAAACGAUUUUUGAACGCAUGGGAAGAUCUGGAGAACUCUGUAGAUGGAUCCCUAAACCUCUAAGAAAUGCUGCUUGUCAUACUUGGUGCACGAAAGUCCAAUUUAGACCAGAUGGACGUUGUGAAGGGCAUAAAUGUGUCUGCGCUUAAACGAAAUCCGAUAUCCCUCGACUAGAGGAUUUAUUCUUUAGAUCCCACCUUACUGAUGAAAUCGGCGAUACCCUUCAAUAUAAACUAUAUACAUAAUCAAUAAAAUAUCCAUUUAUGUACAUAAAUAAAUAAAUAAAUAAAUAGAUAUAUAAAUAAAUCUCUAAUAAAUAAUUCUCAAUUUUUCUUUUUCAUUUAAUAUCUCAGAAUGAGAUUUGAAUCUAAAAGUAAAACGAA